AUUUAUAAGAACCCAACAAUAGAAAGAGAGGCAGAAAGAAGUCUAAGGCUUCUUGGCUAUUCUUUCUUAUUCUUUUUGGUGUACCACAGGUGACUAUAUAUACAAUAGAGCGAGAGAGAUAGGUAUAGAGUUUAGAUAGAGAAGAGAGAUGUGCGCCAAGAAAGAAGAGGAUCAAGGAGAGUGGUCUCAGAUUUUCAACAUCCAUAGCUACCAAGAACAGCUACUUCUUCGACAGCAACAACUACAACAUCAGCUUCAACAGAAACAACAGCAACAAUUCAUUAGUGAUCAUGGGUAUGAAGGAGGAGGGUUAGUUUUCCCUGAUCAUGUCUCUACCAUAAUUCAAUGUUCUGUCCCUCAGUUCAACUCGGCUUCUUUCUCCACUAACUCGGUCCGAGACCAUGACUCGUUCCUUAUUCCACUACCACCUCCUCCUCCAUCAUCAUCCUUGGGUGGUUUAUCCAACAGAAGAGCUUCUUCUACUUGUCAUAAGUUUUCUUAUGAAGGUCCAUCCUCGUCAAACCCACAUGGCGGGUCUGUUGGUUUCCAUCAAAUCUCCUCUCAAUUUGGGUUUCAAGCUCAUGAGUUGAGUAAGAUGACAACACAAGAGAUCAUAGACGCAAAGGCACUUGCAGCUUCUAAGAGCCACAGUGAAGCUGAGAGAAGAAGAAGAGAGCGAAUCAACAACCAUCUUGCUAGAUUACGUGGCUUGCUUCCCAACACCACUAAAACGGACAAAGCUUCAUUGCUGGCAGAAGUAAUCCAACAUGUAAAAGAACUGAAACGACAGACAUCCAAGAUCGAAGAAGCAAGUCAGGUCCCGACUGAGAUGGACGAACUCAGGGUUGCUGCUGGAUCAGAUGAGGAUGGGAAGUUGAUAAUUAAAGCUUCAUUGUGCUGUGAAGACAGGCCUGAUCUCUUACCUGAUCUUAUCAAGACCUUGAAAGCUCUCAAGUUACGAGCUCUGAAAGCUGAGAUUACAACACUAGGUGGACGAGUGAAGAACGUGUUGCUGAUCACUGGAGACAAUGAUGAUAACUCGAAUAAUAAUGAGCAACAACACUACUCCAUUAGCUCAAUUCAAGAAGCAUUGAAAGCGGUCAUGGAGCGAACAACUGGUGAUGAUUCUUCUUCAGGGAGUAUAAAGAGGCAAAGAACAAAUGUCACUAUUCUUCAACACAAGUCUCUUUAACACCAAUAAGCAGGAAAAGGAUGGAUUGUUUUGUGAAAGAAUUUUUGGGCCCAUCAAAAGUGGAAUUUGUGCUUGUGGAAAUUAUCGAGUAAUCAGAGAUUGCCAAUACUCAAUAUUUGAUUGUGGAUUAUCUUGUGUAUUUCAUUGAUAAUGAUAGUACAUAUACAAGAGGUGAUAGUCCUAAUCAGCUAAGAUAUCUGGCUAUUUUGUCGAGUUUGUUGAUUUCUCGGGUACGAAGAUAACUUACUUGGAUCCCAA